GGCUUUAGGCGUACGGACGUGUCUUGUUGCUGCUUUAUCGUUUGUUGCUGGUUCCAUUGAAUGAUUGUCCGAUCAAUGGGGGAAAAAUAGUGUAAUUGUUGCAAAGUGAAGUCGAAAAAAGGCGAAACGAAACAAACCUGCCUUGGUUGGUGGUAAAAAGUGCAUUCAGAAGUGUUCCAGUGUCUCAGAAUUGAAAAAAAAGCAUCAAACCAAAGUCGGCGCUGAUUGUCGUCGAUCUAAGAAGAAACCAAGCCUUCUCUAUUUGUGGUUGUUAGCGUUUUUUUCCCUGUCGCCAUGGGAACGAAAAUAGAAUACGUCGAUUCCAGCCACAUGUACGCGACUAAUUACAUCAGAAACUCCAAGGCGAUUGCAGUGCUCUGGGCGAUUUUCAGCAUCUGCUAUGCGAUCAUCAGUGUUGUCGCGUUCGUCACGCCCGAAUGGGUCGGCGAUUCGGAUUCCGAUACCGGUGGUCGCCUAGGCCUUUGGCAAAUCUGUCAGAAAGAUGACCUCAACGACAGCUGUAGUGGAAAGUUGGAAGAUCUGCUCGCGAUGCACUCGAUCGCAUUUCAGGUGGCCACCGUAUUUUGCGGCCUAGCUGUGGCGACUUCUGUGUUGGCAAUUUGCUGUCUUCUGCUGAUGGUGCUCAUGAAAUCGACGACCGUCUUCCACAUCUGCGGCUGGAUGCAAAUGCUUUCCGCCCUCUGCAUGGUAAUCGCUUGUGUGGCUUUCCCGUUCGGCUGGAACUCAGAUGAGUUCCGUAAAAUCUGCGGACCGGACUCUAACCGCUUCGAAGUAGGCCUUUGCAGUUUACGUUGGGCGUAUCCAUUGGCAAUCAUUGCCUGCAUCGAUGGAUUCAUCUUGGCGACGUUGUCAUUCAUCCUAGCUACGCGGCACGUUCGCUUGCAACCGGAGCCACAGUAUCAGAGCAGCAUGUACAAAGGUGAGAUCAAUAACGCCUACGUAACCGAUGCCGUCAGCAUUGCCGGAUCGCGCAAGUCGCUGAAUCUGCAGCCGGUUCUUCUGGUGGCCCCACCACAUCACCACAUGAUGACCGGCAACGAUACCCUGUCGAGUAGGACGGCCAGCAGGUACGGAAAUCCGCGACCGGAUUUCCACAACUCACUGCAUCAGUUUCAACUGUAAGCGAACGAUUUUGAUGGAGACGCCCGGUUCUUCCCUGCUGUGGUAGCGACGACUCACAAACGCUUGCGCUGGCUUUGGGUUCGACGCGUAACCGUAUCUCAUUUCAAUUUUGAACCUCCCCAUACUUUCCCAAAGAUGGAAAUGACAUCGGUUGAAGAGUGACGAACAGUGGAAAAGCUAGAACAAGCCAAUUUGUGAAAACAUAUUUCCUCAUAAAACGAAAUUAUUCUCUUUCUUAGACCAUCGCGUAGUGUAAAACUUUAUUCCCUACAAGCAAACGCUUGCCUCGACUUCUUGCACGCAAGCUCCAUAUUGCAAGCUUGCGUGCAAGGUUUAUUAACAGACGCUACCGUUCCUGUCGGUAAACUCAUCUCUGUGGAAACCGAAGCAUUUUAUGAACUAUUUUAUAAAAUUUUUAAAAACUUGACUACUUAAGUACUUUAGGCAUAACUUAAAAAAAAAACAAAACAAAAGAGAUUUGAUGCAAAAGCUGUUCUGCAAUCUCAAAAAAGAGUAAAAGUUAAAGAAUUCAAACAUCAUAAAUUAUUCUUCAGUAAGGAAGUCAAAUUUGAAUUUUUUUCCAAAAUAAAAACCUACUCUUAUUUCAAGAGUCUCCAAAACAAACCUUCUAGCCAAACGAACUUCUCACGAUCCACCGUUCAGUAACGGUGGAGAACUAUUUUACUUCUUGCUUUUUGUUCGUUUUUAAGUAUUUUAUUAUGUAGCGUUAAGAUUUUAGC